AUGUUAGACGAAUCAUUCCCGGCGAAUGGUUUCGUCGAUACUAUUGUCCGCCUCAUGGAUACUAUCCAACAUAAUGACGAAAACUACACACAUGAAGAACGUGUGCGACAUCUUUACUAUGCCUAUACACAGGCUGCAGCUCAUUUCGCUCAGCCAUACGUACGAUAUACCCUGAAUGUGAACCCAAGCAAGGUCCAGGCCGCACUGGAGACAAUCACUGGCAUGGUAGUCUAUUGCUGGGUCAAAGCAUCGCCUGACCUUAUGGCUGCAUUGACCAUCCACUUCACGUAUACCCUCAUCCUAGACGAUAGCAAAGAUAAUCCUUCCCUCAAUAUGGGAUCUUUCUUUAAUGACAUGGUCGAGGGAAAACCACAGCAACAUCCGUGGUGGAGAUUAGUCAACAGACAUUUCCCUAAUGUUCUAGAUCGCUAUGGACCGUUUUGCUCCUUGAACAUUUAUCGUAGCACAGUCGAUUUCUUCGAAGGUUGUUGGAUUGAACAGUACCACUUCCAUGGCUACCGCGGAGCAGAAGACUUUCCCGAAUUCUCACGAAGAAUGAACGGCCUCGGGCACGCCGUCGGGGCCUCUAUAUGGCCAGCCGAGAUGCUCGAUGAGCGGAUGCAUUUUCGUGAAAUUACCACCUCCAUCUGCAUGUUGGAGAACUGGAUGGUUUGGGUCAAUGAUUUGAUCUCUUUCUACAAAGAGUUUUACGACGAGCGGGACCAGACCAGUCUCAUCAACAAUUACUCCCACGUGAAUGGGAUCAGUACCACCGAGGCUCUCGAGAAGCUCAUCCAGAACACGCUCCGGGAGAGUGAGCAGAUUUUGUCUGUUUUUAGAGAUAAAGAUCCGUUGAUCCUGGAUACGUUGACUCGAUUCAUGCAUGGCUAUGUCACCUGGCAUUUAUGUGACCGUCGCUAUCGCGUAAAUGAGAUUUAUGAACAGGUCGAUAGGGGCAAUGAGAACGGUCGGAAAUUCUGUCGGUAUUUCGAAAGAGCUAACGAGGUCGGCCGGAUAGACUCGUCAGAAUGGGCUCUCCCACGCGUUACCGAGUUGUGGAGCUCUAAAGGCAAACCAGGGACAGUACAAAAGGAGUGUGGCGAACAGCAUCACAUGGUUGCCCCUUCAUUGAUUGAGCUCUGA